GAAAAAGUGAGCGAGCACUCGCUCGAACGAGUUCACUCUGUACUCCCCAGUCCAGCUCACCUCUUUUUCUCCUCACUCCUGCUGGUAUCCGCACUCUCUUCUUCCCCAAAAUCCAUUACAUUUCCCUGCAAUUUCUGGACCGGGUACCAGAGGAGUAACCGAAGAAGAUGGGCUCGCUUGGCAGGGCAAUCUACACCUUCGGAUUCUGGAUCCGCGAGACUGGUCAAGCCCUCGAUCGCCUGGGCUGCCGCCUCCAGGGAAACUACUACUUCCAUGAACAACUUUCUCGACACAGAACCCUUAUGAACUUGUUCGAUAAAGCUCCUACUGUCCACAAAGAAGCAUUUGUAGCUCCAAGUGCUUCUUUAAUUGGAGAUGUUCAAGUUGGGCGCAAUUCCUCUAUCUGGUAUGGAUGUGUUCUACGAGGUGAUGUGAACAAUAUAAGUAUAGGGACAGGAACCAACAUCCAGGACAAUUCUCUUGUUCAUGUAGCCAAAUCCAAUCUUGCUGGAAAGGUUUUGCCAACAACCAUUGGGAACAAUGUUACUGUUGGUCAUAGUGCUGUUCUGCAUGGUUGCACUGUUGAAGAUGAGGCAUUUGUUGGUAUGGGUGCAAUAUUGCUUGAUGGGGUUGUUGUUGAGAAGAAUGCCAUGGUAGCUGCCGGUGCUCUCGUUAGACAGAACACUCGUAUUCCUUGCGGAGAGGUAUGGGGCGGAAAUCCAGCAAAGUUCCUGAGGAAGCUCACCGAAGAAGAAACAUCUUUUAUUUCUCAGUCGGCCCUCAAUUACACCAACUUAGCACAAGUUCACGCAGCUGAAAAUGCAAAGAGCUUUGAUGAGAUCGAAUUCGAGAAGGUACUCCGGAAGAAAUUUGCCCGCAAGGAUGAAGAAUACGAUUCUAUGCUGGGUGUUGUCCGCGAAACACCCGCAGAACUUAUCUUGCCUGAUAAUAUUCUACCAGACAAGGUGGCAUCAAAGGCUUCUUAAGUUUGUUGACUAUGAUCAUGCUAUCAUUGUUGUUAUAUCACAAACUCUAAGGCGAAUCAAUAGAGAACUUGCCUUUGCUUUCAUGUCUAAUAAUUUUGUGGCCAGACUCACUUGUCAAGACUGACUCCCCCCAUGUGCAGUUACUGCAUGACAUUUACUACUUGCUUAACCACAAACUUGGUUUUGCCACAUUUCAAACAUGUUUUUAUGAGUGUUUGUCUACAAAAUAUGCAGAAGAAUUUUCUUCAAAGGAGUAGAUCGAUUUAUAUUUCGAGCUAAUUUGCACUUAGGUUUCAUUGGUCCAUGCCAUUGUUUCAUCAUUUAUGUAUAUGUAAAUUACAACUGCUAUAUUUUAAUUAGUCAAUGAACACAAUUUGUGGCAUG